GCUGCACUAUUAAAUGUUAUUUUAGAGUUAAGCAAUUUUGAAUCUGCGUCAUUUCGAGUGUUCAUAAUAUUCUGUGAGGACUGAACACAGAUUUUUCGUAUGGAUAUUUUUCACGAUGAUUUUUAACUAAUUUUAAGCAGCUUUUCGAAGGUAUAAACAAUGACCUGCACUAUCGGACCGCCGGCAAUCGAGAAUGGAUACGUGUCGUUUACGACCCUUGACGACGUCGCCGGUAAUACCCCUGCCUUGUGGAAAGAUACCACGGUGGUAACAUACGAGUGUUUCCGGUACUACGGACUGGUGGACGCGUACACACAGACAUGCUCUAGCACAGAAUGGACGGGGACGCUCCCCAAGUGCGAGUACAGCCGGAGCACAAAGAUUUGGUUUUGGUUGCUGAUGGCUUUCCUCAUACUGCUGUUGCUGUUGCUACUGUUACUACUGAUCUUCCUCUGCUGCUAUUUCUGUCGUUGUUGCAAACGAUGCGGUAAGGGAGGAGGGCGAAACCGUCGGGAUAGCGAUGCCGAGAAAGGGAGACGUGACAGGAGUCGCUCACCACGGGACAAGUCACCCCGCGGUCGGGGACGCAGCAAGUCGCCGGACCGGAAACGCGACGAUGAUGAUGAUGACGGUGGUGGCAGUGGAUGCAGUGCCUGCUGUCGAAAGUCGAAGAGCAAAGAGCGGAAGUCACGUUCACCCGGUAGAAGUAGAGAUCGCUCCAGAGAUAAGUCGCCACGCGGCCGCAGUAGGAGCAAAUCCCCUCGACGAAAGAGUGAAAUUGCUGAUGAAGAGAAGGACAAGUCUAAAAGCUCGUGUUGUUUUUGCUGUGCCGGGUCGAAGAGCAAAGAGCGGAAGUCACGCUCACCCGGUAGAAGUAGAGAUCGCUCCAGAGAUAAGUCGCCACGCGGCCGCAGUAGGAGCAAAUCUCCCCGCCGAAAGAGCUACAUAGUUGAUGAAAAGAAGGACAAGUCUAAAAGCUCGUGUUGUUUAUGCUGUGCCGGGUCACCACGCAAAGAAAGAAAAACCCAUCCUGAGCGACAUGAGUCCCCGGGAAGAGGGUCGAGGGAUCGAUCGCGGGAGAACAGUGCCGCCCCUGGACCGGCCUCCAGAAGGGACCGGUCGCCGUCACCGGAAAGUGACAAAGAAAAGAGAGGCUGCUGUGCCAGUCUUUGUGGCACAACUGAAGGAAAUGGAGGGCGGCAGAAGCAGGAAAACAUCAUUUAUAACCAAAAACAUGAACAGAAGAAUUACCAAUACGACCAUAAAGUAUAUCCGGUUAAAGAUUAUGCUGGAUUGAACACACACCCGCCUAAACGUUCACAAGUCCAACCGAUGAAAGAGGAUAAGCAGAAACGUGACCGAUCUCCCAAGGAGGAUGGUCGCCGGCGGCGCAGUCCGUCUCCCGUUGCCACCGACGACGACGAAGAAAAGUCAAGCGGCGGCUGCUGCGCUGGGCUCUGUGGAUCGACCUCCGGAAAGAAAAAGAAAGAAAAGCCGGACAAAAAUAAGCCAGGAAGACAGGACAGUAAAGAACGGCAGGCAGUUCCCACUGAUGACGAGGAGGAGCCGAAGGGUGGUUGCUGUGCAGGAUGCUGCGGAAGCAAAAAGAAGAAGCAAAAGCCGCAAACACCGCAAAAACCGCAAAGUCGCGAAGGGUUCUAUAAUAACGAUCACGGAGUACAAAGAGAUGUGGAAACACCACGUGAAGAAGAAAAGCCGCAAAAACAACAAAAUUCGGCAAAACAGAAAAAAGACAAAGCGAAGAAAGAAAAACGCGACACCACGGAGAAGGGCGCAGCGCCGAAAACAGAUGACGAGAUAUUUAAGGAAGAAAUCGCCCAAAUGGAAAAAGAAAAGGAGAAUGAAAGGAAGCGACGGGAACAAGAGCGGAAAGAGCGAGAAGAUGAGCUGAAGCGACAGAAGGAGGCGGAGAACGAGCGGAAACGAGACGAGGAGCGACAACAACGGGCGCGCGACCGCGAGAUCCAGCGGCAGCAGCAGCGGGAGCUUGCUAUGCUUCAGGAGGAGCGAGAUCAGACGAGCAAGGAAAAUGAUUUGGAGGACAGGGAGCGCCAGCGGCAGGAGAAUCUGGACCGUAUCCGGCGGAAGGAGGAUGAGCAGAGGAAUGAAAAGAAGGAGCGCGAACGCGAGAGGGAGAGACAGCGUCAAGAGCAGCGGGACCGACAGCAGCAGGAUCAAGAGGAGCGGCAGCGGCUACAGGAAGAACGCGAGAGAGAGCGGGAGCAGCAGCGGCAGCAGCAGUUAGCCCUAUCAGAGCAGAGGGCGGACGAGAGGCGGCGAACUAAAGAGGAACGGGAGGCGCAGCGGCAGCAACGGCUCAAGGAACGUCAGCAGGAACGAGAGAAGCCAAGGGAUCCCGAAGAUAAGACCCCAAGAGCCGAUGAUGACGACGAUUAUCUGGAAAAUGAGUCACCGCUUCGGACCCCUGAAACUAGAAAAAGGCGACCUAAGCGUAAGGCUCCCAAUCUUUAUAACUCCAACGACAAAUACUUGAAGGGCGUUAACGAAGACAAAGUGGGACACAAUGGGACCGUAAACCCAACAAUAUACUCCCCGCCCAAGAAGGUGAAGCCCGUGAACUUCUGGCGCCCAUCAACCCAGGCUGUUCGCUUCAUCAACCAAAGCACUCUCUAGAUGGGACGCAACACAAAAGGGCCGUUCGGUAGAACGUAAAAAAAACAAGGGCUUGGGCUAAAGCUCUUCUUAAGCUGAAAAAUUGCUUUCAAAUUAAUAAUGCUCAGACGUGGAGCAAAUACGUUUCGUUAUCUGUGAUAUUGCAAAUCAAUUGCUUACAUUUAUCUGUGAUAUUUUUCAUCGUAGUAGCAAUAAACACUCGUAACUACUCGGCUAUCUCCGGCAAGCUCCGGAGUCUGUGUUCUUUGGAUAAUAGCCGAGAGUGUUCCGAGUGGAACAAAAAACUAGAGCUCUUGCCAAUUGACCGUAAUAAUUAAAUGAUAAUAAGACAUACACUUAAUGCUGUAAAUGAAUAAUUUCUUUACGCGUUAUGUUACUAACAUCCUGUCGAAGGAUACUCCUACAGUCUUCAGUACUUCUUCAGUCGAACCCCGUUGGCUCGAACUCCCAGGGACCGGCGAAACUACCUCGUACCUCAGAAUUUCGAACCAAGCGGGGAAGCCAACCUUCAGUUUGGCUCAACUCCCAGGGACCGGCGAAACUACCUCGUACCUCAGAAUUUCGAACCAAGCGGGGAAGCCAACCUUCAGUUUAAAGAAAUUGGUCCUUUACCUUUAGUUUGAGCAAACGAUGAAUUCGAGACAGGCGAGUUCGAGCCAACGAGGAAUUCGAGACAGGCGAGUUCGAGCCAACGAGGAAUUCGAGACAGGCGAGUUCGAGCCGACAUGGUUCGACUGUAGAUGGAAUGUGUUAACAAAAUAAUAUGUUUACUUAUUUUAGAACGGGACGGCUUUAUGAAGUAUUUUCUGUUUAGGAAGAUCAAGAAAGAGCAAGUUUUCAUUGAUGUUUAGUUUAAUCAUAUUUUUAUUGUUUUCUUUUGUAAAACAUAAGACAUAAACUUACAGACAAAUCACACACAAAGAAUAAGUGGGUUGGGCUACAUGCUAUAACAACAUUAGUUUCAGCCAUUCUCAGGCGUCACUGUAACGUCAAUACCGCAUGCAUUUAAGAUUAAAGUGACACUCUUAUUCAAAAUCGAUACAUACACAUGUAUAACAAACAUCAAUUUUGAGUGAUAAACCUUUAACUACUUACUAAAUAAUGCAUUUAUGGAAAAUAUUAGUUACUGAUAACAAGAUUGUAACCAUGUAUUUAAUAGUAGAAAGCUCAAAAAUAUUAAAUGAUUGGUGAGUGCUAAAAUAUUUACUGUGGUCUACUGUAGUCUCAUAGGGUAGAAAUACCGUGCUUUAUGCUCAUUUCUUUCAGAUUAAACUUGGUAUCCUUCAUAAGAAACAUUGUUUUCGACAUUUAUUCAUCCUUUUUGGAAUAUUAAAACAAUAUUAUAAAGUGUGGUAAAUCUUAUUUGGGAGUAAGAGUGCAUCGUUAAAUGUUAGUUGAAAAAUUUUGAAAAAUAGACUAUGUUGACGCACAAAAAACAUUCUGCUGACCAAUUAAUGUUUGGGGACGAUAAUCAAUCUCAUUUAUGAAGAGGUUGAUUUUUAGCUUCCUCCGAACUAAGCCAGUUGAAAUUAAGACCAGCGAAGUUGAUUUUGUGUGCAUCUUUUAGAGUUUUAUCUUAAAUUUUUAAACAGCAACUGCAUCGUUCGCCUCAGGGUCUUAGAUUGAUUAUAUUAGUUUAAACAUAUUUAUUUUACAACGAUUGUGAAACAAGUUAUUACAACAUUAUAUUAAUCACUCUCGUUGGCACGAUUUUACGCGAGAGUGUGGUCUUGUGUUGUGGGGGAAACCGGAGAACCCGGAGAAAACCCACUUGUCCGGCUUGGUGACCACGAACCAAACUCACAUGCUUCCGAGCCGGGAAUCGAACCCGGGUCGCCUAGAUGAGAUAUAUAUUGAUUGCAUUGUUACGAUCGUUAUACAUUUUCAUUUAAGAUUUAAAAGUCCUGCAAACUGCGUUUUUCCAGAUAUGUGUGUAACGAAUACAAUGUUAUUUUUUUCAUUUUGGAUUUAAAAGACCUGCAAAAUGUUAUCAGAUAUGUAUGUAUUAAAAUUAACACAGUUUCACAUUGUCAGUUUGGAUUUAAAAGACAUGCAAAAUGCGUUUUAUCAGAUAUGUAUAUAAUGAAUACAAUGUCAUAUUUUCAUUUAAGAUUUAAAAGACCUGUAGAAUGUGUCUUAUCAAUUAUGUAUGUACUUAAUACAGUUUCACAAUUUCGUUUUGGAUUUUAUGUACUACAUGUGUAAUAAGUGUGUGCGUUUCAUUGUUUUAAAAAUGUUUCAGUUAGUCGAAAUUUUCCUAAAUACUUCAAUUAAAGGUACUUGUUUACGUUUCAUAGCGUCAGAUAUCAAAUAUGGUAUUUUAUGUAAAAUGUCUAAAACUUUUGAACAAAAAAGAUUUUGCGGAAAUGUUUUAUUAAUGCUAUUGAAAACUGUAUUUUUUCAGGUUUUUUUUUUCUCAAAUGAAUAUCGGGUUUGUGUUCAUAAUAUUAAGAAAAAAGUACAAUUUCAAGAAAGUUUAAAAAACAUAUUUUUGCUCAAAUACCAUAAAUCUGUGAGCGAGUUCCUUUAAAAGUUGGUGCACCUCGGUCAUUUGCCAUCAAAACAAUUCGUCGUUAGACGGAGAUGACCGAGUUUUUCCGAUUGUCGCUUAAAGUUAUUAUUUGUUAAGUCAUAAUUAUGUUAGUUUUUAAUUAUGUUGUAAAACAAAUUUGUAUUCCGUCUGACGCUUUGAAUAGCUGUAAUAAUUUGACCAUUUAUCGCCAUUGAAAAAAAUAUAAAGCAAAUAUAAAAUGUAAACUAAAGGUGCUAUAUGAAGUUUAUGCUAUUUUUGUCAUUGUUAUUCUUUUGUAAAAAAUUACAUUUUGCUUGCUUUAAUCUUCGUGA